CACAAAGCAAAUCAACGCAAACUGGUUUCAUGAAAAUGACAAUGACUUCAAUGAUCUUCAGUGGCUUUCCCAGUCACUGGUUCUGAAUCCAAUAGAACACCUUUAGGACACUAUAGGUAUCCCAAUGGGACAUUUGCAGCAUGAAAAUUCUGCACGAAUUGCAAUCAUGACAACAUGGACUUGAAUCUCAAGGAUGGAAUCCGUGGCUUGAGAGAAUGCCAAAUUGCAUGAAGGCAAAAGGGGCUGAAUUCUAAAAGAAUUAAAAAUGGAAGAUAACAGCUUUUUGGGGUAUCUGCAUAAUUCUGUGUGUGGUAUUUCAUCGUUUUGAUGUCUUUAUAAUUGUUCUACAGUGUGGGAAAUAUCCAAAUUAAAGAAAAUGUUCUGUGAGUAUUAGUGUCUAAACUUUUGACUGAGGGCAGGCCAUUUGGAUACUGUGGUGUGAUAAACGUCCACUUGCAGCUGCAUUUGCUCAAACUGAUGAGGGCAGUGGAGCUGUAAAGAAGAGUGAAGCUGCUCCAGCAUAUGUGCGUCUUCUGAGUUAUGCUAUUUGUUUGGGAAUGAGGGAGUUAAGCCCAGUCAAAGACCGGCCUGAGGAACAGGAAAGUGCCCCGACUGGUUUUUCACCUGUGUUUGCUGAUCAUCUGUCAGCUGAUGUCUCCGGUAAAUCUACUUGAAGAUGGACGCAGGCUGAAGCUACAUGGGACUUAGGCCAAUGGUGACCAGAAUAAAGUCCAAAUUCUUAUAAAGAGAGCUGUACAUGGCAGGGGAAUAUGUCUUUUCCAGCGACUUUGGAAAACUCCUUCUGGGAGAUGCACAUACCACUCACGCAGGAAGUGAAGUACAGUAUUUUAGGGAUUUCUGUCACGCUCCUCUUUGUGGCCCUGUGCAUUCUGAUAUGGCAAAUUUACCGAUACUGCAUGCAGCCACCUGCUCCCAAACAAGACGUUAAUGGUUUACUAUCAAAUGAACAGUCUACACAGAACGAGAACCUUCAAAGUAACUCCCCAACGCCAGACUACAAGCUGGAGUCCCGUCAGGAUGAGGCUGAGCGGCUGAGUCGCUGUCUGUCCCGCAGCUCCGACCUAGCCAGCAGCAUGGACAGUCUGGGUGAGCCGGAUGAGGAACGCAUUCAGGGGACUCUGCGCUUCUCGCUUUUCUAUGACCAGCUCCAGUCUCGGCUGGUGGUGACGGUGCUAGAGGCGCAGGGCCUGGCGGCGCGAGACUUCAGCCGCAGCGCUGACCCUUUUGUACGUCUUCGGCUCUUGUGGGCCGCCAGAGAGGGGGAUGAGCAGCGGCUGAGCUGUGUGCUGCAGGAGUGGCAGACGCGCCUUGUGAAGGACAGCUGCAAUCCCUUGUUCGGAGAUCAGUUCUCCUGCACGUUGGCAGAGGAGGACGUGCCCAGGGUCACCGUCCGCAUGGAGGUGAGAGAUUUUGAUAAAUACUCCAGACAUGGCAUUCUGGGGGAGGUCCGAGCCCCUCUUAACAGUCUAAAUAUCAUAUAUCCUUUGGAAAUACUGGAGGACUUACAGCGACCAAAGAAAGAUGCUGUUGGAGAGGUCCUUCUUUCUCUGAAAUACAUGCCCACAUCUCAGAGGCUGGAAGUGGGAAUCCUGAAGAUCAGGACAGUUUUCCGCUCCAGCAAGACAGAGAGAGCACUAUAUGCCAGAACCAGUGUCCUGUGCAAUCAGUGUAAAAUACGACAUCAGAGGACCGCAGAGAAGGUUCGAUGGGAUGUGACGGUCUUCAACGAAGUCCUGAUCUUUGUGCUGCCGGACACUCAAAUCAGGGAGUGCUCCAUCACAGUUUCCGUUUAUGAAAUGCGUCCUGGGAAGAAGUCCUCCAAGCACCUGAUCGGUCAGGUCAUUUUAGGGAAGGGGAAGACUCUAGAAGAUGAGCACUGGAAGCUCAUGAUGCGCUCUCUUCGACAGCCAGUGGCCAAAUGGCAUUUACUCUAUUUAUGAAAACAGCUUACCCAGCUGAAGGCCUUAAAAUGAUGGGAAGGGUCUAGUUCAGGUCGUGGAAGCCCUUUGUCCAGCACAGUUUGAUCAUUUCUUUGCAAAAGCACCAGUUGUGGUAUUUACCACGGGGCAGGAAAGUUAUGUAAAUUUGCUGGACCGUGGCUGUCCAGCACCUGAAACAGGCCUGUCAACUGUAAUUAUUAUGGACUUGGAUCAUAAUGGACAAUAUUCUUUGUUGCUGUGUAAUAAAAGAAAAUAUGUAGUGAUAA